AUUAGAGCAUUAGAAAUAAAGCAGGCUGCCUCGGGUCUAUAAUACGAAGCAAAUAUGUGGUCUCUGAUUGGGAUUUUGUCAGCUGCAAACGUUUUCUGUGUUUAUGGGACAAGUUUAGUUCCUGUUCACGUUCCCUGUGAUGACAAGACUGUGGAGAAGUUGUCCAGACUGGCCGUCACGUACAUAAAUGAGGACAGACAAACAGGUUACAAAUUCGCCCUUAACAGAAUCACAAACGUCCAGGCGAAUCAACAGGGUCCAGCUGGAAAGGUCUAUUAUCUGGAUUUAGAUGUCCUUGAGACCAAGUGUCACGUUCUCAGUCCCAAAUCAUGGAAGAAGUGUGCUGUAAGACCCUUCAUGGAAACACAAAUUUCUGGCAACUGUAACACUACAGUACUUCACACACCAGAGGGUUUCUCUUACCUUUACAGCUAUGACUGCACUCUCGUACCAGAUCCCCCAGAGAAGUUACGGUUGACGUGUCCCGAUUGUCCUCUUCUGCUGCCGGUCGACGGGGUUGAAGCUGCCGCCGCAGCCAGAGCUGCCCUUCUCAAAUACAACACACAGAGCACACUACCGGCCAGCCUGACAGUGCACUCCAUCACCAGAGCCUCACAGCAGAGCACUCCUUUUCCUGCCAGUUUCGUGGAGUUCAUUGUUCAGGAGUGUUCAGAGGUUCAGUGUGCGCCAGCACUCGAAGGAAAAGAGCCUGUUGGAUUCUGUGUUGGGACGGUUUUUGGCACUGGCCACGGAUUGCAAGAUGUGAAGGUGUCCUGUGAAAUGUUUCGCCCACAGGCUCAUGUUGUCAGUCCGACACAUCUAGAGGAAAAGUCCAGCACCGUUUCUAAAACCCCAACCCUUGAUGUUCAUGUUCCUCACAACCCUGAGCCCUCAUUCCAAGAAGGCGGUGCAGAAACACCUCAGUUUGCAGACCCCGUGCACCAGGCCAUCCCUGCAGGACCCGGAUCACAGCCCACCUCCUCCAGUGAAUCCAGCGAGUCUUCAGAGACCAGCUCAUCUGAGGAAACCAACAGUUCUGUCCGUGCCGUCAAACCUCCGCUGAACUUCCGUUAUGUGCUUCAGCGUCAGAAGAGGCAGACUGUCUCGAGCACCGCGGCUCCUCACACACCCGUGUUCCUAAGUGUCUUUCCCAGCGUCCCGUCUCCAUUCCGCUCCUGUCCCGGAGUCUCUCGCUACACCACUGUGUGAGAGGAUUCGCCAUUAAACAGAAAGUCUACAAGACAACUCAAUGAAGAGUUUCAGAAAUGACCUUCUAAUGGUAAAUCCUUCAAGAAUAAUCUCUAAAAGGAAUAGUUCCCCCAAAAUUACAUUCUGUCAUCAUUUACUGCUCCUUUACUCUUUUGAAACAUUAAUGAGUUUCUUCUGUUGAACAGAAACGAAGAAACCGGUAACCAUUGACAUCUAUUGUAUUUGUUUUUCCUACAAUGGAAGUCAAUAGUUCGGUUUACAGCCUUGAAGAGAAACUCGAUGUUUUGAAAUGACUUGAGGGGGAGUAAAUAAUGAGUACAAUUCAUUUAUGGGUCAACUAUACCAUCAAUAGUUCCUACUGUGAUUUAGGAUCGAUCCCAUUAAUGUUUAAUGGCUUUAAUAUGUCACCAACAGGAUUUAAAACGUUACCAAGAAAGACUCUAAGGGUUUGCUUGUUUAUACACACUGAUGUAAUUUCUAUUAUACCAAAUAAAAUGAUGACCAAACUAUCAGAA